AUGACGUCCAUCUCUCCAUCUGACUCCCUAAACGUUGGUCCAUUGUCGAAGUUUCAACAACAGCUCACUUCUCCACAGCUCCACUCAAGUGUUUAUGAAUUUCAAGAAGUUGAGGAUAAUUGCAACGCAAAGCGUCGUGGGUACCAAAAACCCAAACACAGGUGGAUGGCGAAAGAUCACUAUAUGACCGUUUCCAGUCCUGGUCGUAAGUUCCCGUCAGAAAGUCCGCUUUUUCGUCGUGAAUUAAUCGGUGCCACGGAAGCACAACUAGCUUCUUCGCGAAACCUUGACCACCAAAGUGUUCCUCACACUUUUGGUUCCCUCACACCUGCCCGUAAUUUUUACUCUGCCUGUUCCCCGUCAACCUCCAGCAGUGCUCCCGGAACAGUUGUAAUGCCUUCUUCACUCACAAACACUAGUAGCAGUCCGAGCAACCACACGCCACCUCAUUCAAGGGUGGAGAGUGGCGUAAUUCUUAACGGAACCCACUGCACAAGCCCAACUGUGGAGUCCUAUGCCAGUCUUGCCCCUCCUGUUUCUGGUGACACUACAUGCCCAUACAAAGCAGACUUUACAACGCCUCCCACUUUGCCAGCUGAUCGUGUGCCUCAAAAGCUCUCUAAAACACGUGUGCGGGCGGCAGCUCCAAAAUCUAAAACUACGAAAAAGCGGGUAAAAAAAGAAAAAGUUCGCGUGAUUCCGCUUACUGGACCAAAACUGGGACUCGCUGGUAGUGCCAUGAAUGAGAAGGCCAGUGUGCCUAGCAAAAAUGCGAUACCAUCUUCAUCAAGUCUUCACGUAGACACCGCUUCUGUGGACAAGAGCUUAAAUCCAGUGAUUGCUGACCCAUCAUUGGCUCCUGGAUUUAUUGCGAAGGUGGACUGGCUAGCUUGUGAACAAUGUUCCUACCUUAGUUGCUCAAAACUAUUCCCAUUCCUCGAGUUUUACUCCAAACUUUACAAUCCGCGAACACGUGUAAAGGGUUAUACAGAUGCCGUAAAAAUGGCGAAAAGCAUCUUAAAUUCGACAAAUGACGAAAAUGCUGCGGUUGAUAGGGCAUCGCGGAGUUCUCAGGAUGAAUUGUCGGCCACGCCUCUUCAAGUCCCAGUGGCGCCCCCUGCAACAGUUGUAAACCAGUCAUUUGAUUUUGCCCAGCACCCACAUAAUCAGCGUUUGCCUUGUAAUGGGGACUCUCAUGAGGUACCCGACUUCGUGAAUAGUAACCCCUUAGAUCUCAGCCUUAACUUUCGCCUCUCCAGCGCGCAUUUCAACAGCAAAGGUAGUGAACCAGCAGAUAAUCAACUUUCUCCCCAUUUAUUAAACCUAAGUAAUAACGCCGCUGAGCCAUAUCAAGACGCCCCUUUGCCAGACCUUGGGAACAAUGUUUGGACUCCCCUCCCUCAGCUAGAUAUAGCUGGCUUUGGUGACAUCAUUUCUCACGUUCCAACUUUCUCCGAAGACGAGGAUGAUGCCGAAAGCUCGAACUUUGCAGUUCAGGCUCUCAACCCAGUUGCGCGAGGCUGCAGUGGACCUCCAGGAAAGCGUGAAGGCACAUCGGGUGAGCCGAGGAAAGACAAAUAG